CGCGGCCUGCCCGGCGCCGAGCACCGGGGGGCUCCCCGCUGCCAGGCCGGGGCACGCCGACAGAAGCCGUGGUUUGGUCCCGCUAACGGAGCGGCCCCUGCCCCCGCGUUGUAAAGGGGGCGUCCGCGGGGUUGUUGCGGGCUCGGGGGGACGUGGGGAGGAGCAGAGUUUUGUCUCCCGGCCCUUUAUUUGCGGGUGUAAUGUUAUGGAUAUUGCUGGAGAAAAAACUGCAUGUGGGGAAUCUUCUACCUCUUUAAAGCAGACUUAUCUCCAGCUUGUAGUUGAACUGAAUCACAUGCUUACCUCAUGUGUGGCAUUGGCUUUUUUAGCUUGUAAGACGUCAUGGUGUCCUGCUUCCCUGGGGCUUUCAGCGUUGGCAUCGUUACCAGCAGUAAGAGGGUAGUCAGGUAGCUACUAGCCAAAGGAAGUCUGGCUUUGUAGUGGAGGAGGAAGAAGGAAGUGAAAUCUUCAGGAAGUUUGGGAUAACGCAGGCAGUUUUCUUGUAAUUUUAAUCAACUCUUGAAUAAAAUAUAUGAAGCGUUACUAAGAGGAUUCUGAAACAGAGAGCAGUUUGCUCCGAAAUGAGGGGAGUUCUACUUUCUCUUUAAGAAAACAUGGAGCAAUCUGAAAAGUUUACAGCGAUAUAUUUUAAAAUGCUUAAUGGUUUACUGAAACAGUGCUGAAUAUUUAAUGGUAUAGUAUAGUAGCAGCUACUGGAAAAGCUAGAGCAGAAAGAAACGGACGAGGUGGAAGACGGCUGUGGGAGGGAAAACCAAGAUUUGCACUUUGUUAUAGACAUCUGGGACCAUGUUCUAUGCCCACUUUGUCCUCAGCAAGCGUGGGCCACUGGCCAAAAUAUGGCUGGCCGCCCACUGGGAUAAGAAGCUAACCAAAGCCCAUGUUUUUGAAUGUAACCUGGAGAGCAGCGUGGAGAGUAUCAUUUCACCAAAGGUGAAGAUGGCACUUCGAACCUCAGGACAUCUCUUACUAGGCGUUGUUAGGAUCUACCACAGGAAAGCAAAAUACCUUCUUGCAGACUGUAAUGAGGCCUUCAUUAAGAUUAAGAUGGCUUUUCGUCCAGGGGUUGUCGAUUUGCCUGAGGAAAACAGAGAGGCUGCUUACAAUGCUAUUACCUUACCCGAGGAAUUUCAUGAUUUUGAUCAACCACUUCCUGACCUGGAUGAUAUUGAUGUGGCCCAGCAGUUCAGUUUAAACCAGAGCAGAGUGGAAGAAAUUACCAUGAGAGAAGAAGUAGGCAACAUCAGUAUCCUCCAGGAUAAUGACUUCGGUGACUUCGGGAUGGAUGAUCGAGAGAUGAUGAGAGAAGGUAGUGCAUUUGAGGAUGACAUGCUAGUGAGCACCAGUGCUUCCAAUCUCCUGCUGGAACCUGAACAGAGCACCAGUCACCUUAACGAGAAAGCUAAUCACCUGGAAUACGAAGACCAAUACAAAGACGAUAAUUUUGGGGAAGGAAAUGAUGGUGGAAUAUUGGAUGAUAAACUUCUCAGUAAUAAUGAUGGUGGUAUUUUUGAUGACCCACCUGCACUCUCAGAAGGUGGAGUAAUGAUGCCAGAGCAACCUCCCCAUGAUGAUAUGGAUGAUGAUGAUAACGUUUCAAUGGGUGGACCAGAUAGUCCAGAUUCAGUAGACCCAGUAGAGCCAUUACCAACUAUGACUGAUCAGACAACGCUCGUUCCCAAUGAAGAGGAAGCUUUUGCUCUGGAACCUAUUGACAUUACUGUCAAGGAAACCAAAGCAAAGAGGAAGAGAAAGCUGAUUGUGGACAGUGUGAAAGAACUGGACAGCAAGACCAUUCGAGCUCAAUUAAGUGACUACUCUGAUAUUGUUACUACUUUGGACUUGGCACCUCCUACAAAGAAACUGAUGAUGUGGAAAGAAACUGGGGGAGUUGAAAAGCUUUUCUCUCUGCCUGCACAGCCUUUGUGGAAUAACAGGCUACUGAAGCUCUUUACUCGUUGUCUGACACCCCUGGUACCAGAAGACCUAAGAAAGAGGAGGAAAGGUGGCGAAGCUGACAACCUUGAUGAGUUCCUUAAAGACUUUGAAAACCCAGAGGUUCCCAGAGAGGAGCAGCAACAGCAGCAGCAACAACAGCAGCGAGAAGUCAUUGAUGAACCUAUUCUGGAAGAACCAAGUCGCUUGCAAGAAUCAAUGAUGGAAGGCAGCAGAACCAACCUAGAUGAAUCUGUUAUGCCCCCCCCACCACCUCAGACUGGUGUUAAACGCAAACUGCAGCAAGUGGAACCAGAACCAGUGUUACCUCAUCCACCAUCACAACAGUUGGAAAUACCACCUGUAGAAAUGCCUCCAGAGGAGCCCCAAAACAUCUGCCAGCUAAUACCAGAGCUGGAACUUCUGCCAGAAAAAGAGAAGGACAAGGAAAAGGAGAAGGAGGAAGAAGAAGAAGAGGAGGAAGAAGAUGGCACAGGGGGUGAUCAGGAUCAAGAAGAACGGAGAUGGAAUAAGAGGACUCAACAAAUGCUUCAUGGGCUUCAGAGAGCUCUUGCGAAGACUGGAGCAGAAUCUAUCAGUUUGCUUGAGCUGUGCAGGAAUACAAAUAGAAAACAAGCAGCUGCAAAAUUCUACAGUUUCCUGGUACUUAAAAAACAGCAAGCUAUAGAGCUGACACAGGAGGAGCCUUACAGCGACAUCAUCGCGACACCUGGUCCUAGAUUUCACAUUAUUUGAAUGGUUAGAUACAGCAGACCUAGUGUUCGUUUCACUAGCGCGUAUGUGUAUUGCCCCAUCUGUAGGGCCCACAAGACCAUUGCAGAAAAAUUUAGAUUUUAUUGUCUGUAUAAAGUCCUUGGUUUUCUUUCUGGGUUACUUUGGUUUUUGUAUUUUAAAUCUACCACUUAAAAUUUUAGUGAAACUGCUGGGGUGGGUGUCUUGAGUUCCAGCUGCAGGAACCAGACAGCUCAAGGACCCAGGCGAAGAUUGUUCUACCAGCGCAGAGCAGAUGUGUGCAAUAUUGGUGCAUGUAAUGUUGAGUAUCAAUGAAAACGUCUUACUAUAAUUUGACUAGUUGAUUCAAUAGUGAUAUUUUUAACCUAUACAAGUAAACCUGAAUGGCCAAUCUAUUGUCUGAUUAAAAACUUUGCCAAACUUGUCCAAAAUGUUCAGUCUGCUUCUCAUAGUAGUGUUUUUUUCCCCUUCCCUAGAUCUUCGUGCAUACCGUGGGUCUCUUACAGCUGCCAAUACGAAAGGUAGUGCCUGAUAUGUCAGCUUGCUUUGUCACUGCAUUUUUGCAGUCAGAUUUUUGUAGCCCUUGAUGCUAAGGGGAAACGGGUGUCUGUGGAAAGCACUUCCUGUGAGUGAUACUAUUACAUACAUGAAAGGACAGAACAUGUGUUAAGCAUUUUAGAUGAAACAUUCCUUUUCACUUAUCACCUCAUUACGGUCCACUACUGAUAAUGGCUAAUUACUGUUAAUAAGUAUCGAAUGAAAACUCUACUCAUUUCAUUUAAACCUUUUAAGAUAUCAAAAUGCUUUAGGUUUGUUAGACCUGUAUAUAAACUCCAGACUUUUUAAAACAGACUUCUAGAUUGUAAAUUAUCUGAUUUUUAUUAAGCAGGCAUAUGAAGAUAAGAAUAAAAGAAGUUGAACAGAUUGCCUUUGUAAAGAUGCUAAAUUCAGAUACCACCUGUACUGAAAGGGCAACAAACUUGAAUAUACAGUACAAACGGGCACAGUUCCACUUAAUUGUGUAGCGUAUUAAUGACUCUUUGGAUAUAUUUAUGGUUUUAGUAUAAAUUUUUCCAAUAAUGCACACUCCUGUGUUCGAAACAUUUUAUCAGUUUUGCAAGAAGUCCCAUUUGAUUUUACCUAUCAAGAAUGAAGCUUUACUGUUAGACCAGGUAGUACCAGAAAUUAUGUGAAUAUGUUGAUUAUGGAAACCUGUCUUAACUUUUUUUAGGGCAAAGUUAUUCACACUGAAGGUUCUGGUUUUAAUGUUGGCACUUUUGUGAUAUAAUUUUGGGACUGAAAUUUCAGUGUAUACUCAAGUGUAAAAUUAUGUGAAUGUUUAAAAAAAUCUGAGACAACAUGAUGACCAUGUUUUAAUAAUCCUUGAAAAAGUUAAUUGUAUAAAGUUGCUGCAGCUUUAUUUUCAACAUGAUGUGCCUGUAAAACCAUGAUUUUCCCCUUUGUAAAAAGAGACAUUGUAGAUAACUUGAAUGUUUAAUUAUAGAAAAGGUCAUUAGUUUCUUGUUACACAUUUUUAGUCUGUUUUUGUUGCUUUUCGAGGUUAAUAUUCUUGAAAAUAGUUGAUGCUGUUAUGUAUAACUUUUCUAAUAAAAGUUGUGUUAUAAGCUGUUA